UGAAAGCCAUCUGUUUACUCUCCGCCGCCCUCCCGAAGCUGGAUGUGCUCGCAGCCCGCCGGGGGGGGGAGAAGGUUGUGGGCGGGCAGGGCGAGCCCGCCGCCUCCAUCCCGCGCAGAGGGAGCGCCCUGCGGCUCCGCGGGCCGUCCGCUCUCGGCUGCUGGCCACCGCCGCCCGGGAGGGCAGCCCGGGGUACCGGGGCUCCUGUAGCCGCCGCUCGGGACGUGUUUGCCGGAGACUUGGGUGGCUGUUUUCCCUUUGGGUUGCUGUGGAUGAAAGAUACAGAAAGACACCCAUGGUCAGAGGAAAGGAGGGUAGCUGCCACUGAGAGGGCUGUCCAUUUGCUCUGAAGGAGGAGACCAUGCUGAAGCAUCUUUUUAAGAUACCUUCCAUUUUGAGCAUCAAAAAAGAUCAUCUGAUAUUAUCCUAGGUUCAAACAAGAAAGGUGAAAUUGAGGUAAUUGUUCACUUGGUUCCGCUGCCCUGGAGUUACUGCAGAGCAGACCCCUGGAAAGACACAGUGCAGGAAAAUACUCCUGUACUGCAGUACAGUGUUUCACACCUGCAUAACCAUCUAAGAGAUAGCUCAUCUGAGCAAAGAUCACAAGGCUCCUGAGAUGAUUUGAUCUGUGAUGGAAUGACUUUUCUGGGAAACUGCUGGAGUACUUCAGCAAAGGGCACCCUGUGUCUCUGCCCUCACUGAUCCAUGACAAAGUCCGAAAUGAACCACACUUGGACAUCUAACCUGAGCUUUGGUGCACCUGCAGAUCCUGCUGAGCCAAAGGCUGGACUCUCACGAAGUGGGCACACAGUUGUGGCUGUUUUUCUUGGAUUAAUCCUGUUUUUUGGUUUCUUGAAUAACUUGAUAGUCCUCAUCCUCUUCUGCAAGUUUAAAACCCUUCGUAACCCAGUCAACAUGCUUCUCCUGAACAUCAGCAUCAGUGACAUGUUAGUGUGCAUCUCAGGCACUACCCUCAGUUUUGCAUCCAACAUCCGUGGCAAAUGGAUUGGAGGGGACCAUGCUUGUAGGUGGUAUGGCUUUGUCAAUUCCUGCUUUGGCAUUGUGUCCCUGAUCUCCCUGGCUGUGCUGUCCUACGAGCGCUACAGCACUCUCACCCUGUGCCACAAGCGCAGCGAUGAUUACCGCAAGGCUCUGCUGGCGGUCGGUGGCUCUUGGAUUUAUUCCCUGCUCUGGACCGUGCCACCUCUGCUCGGCUGGAGCAGUUAUGGGAUAGAAGGUGCAGGGACAAGCUGUUCGGUACGCUGGUCCUCAGAGUCAGCUGAGUCCACAUCCUACAUCAUCUGCCUCUUCAUCUUCUGCUUGGUUGUCCCUGUAAUGGUCAUGAUGUACUGCUACGGGCGCCUCCUGUACUUGGUUAAACAGGUUGGAAAAACCCACAAGAAUGCUGCCCGCAAAAGAGAAUACCACGUCCUGUUCAUGGUGAUCACUACAGUUAUUUGUUAUCUGGUGUGCUGGAUUCCAUAUGGGGUUAUAGCAUUACUUGCAACAUUUGGUAAGCCAGGUGUUGUGACUCCAGUUACAAGCAUCAUACCUUCCAUCCUAGCAAAAAGCAGCACUGUUUGCAAUCCCAUUAUCUACAUACUUAUGAAUAAGCAGUUUUACAAAUGCUUUCGUCAGCUUUUCCACUGCCAACCUCCUUCCUCCACUGAUGGAGAGCCCACCUGCCAUUCCAAGGUAACCGUUAUCCAGCUGGAUCAGAGAGCGGAUGGUGGAAACCUGUGCAAUAAUGAACCACAUCCAGAAACAGACAGUAAAAUCACUUCUCUCCUGUGCUCAGAGCCAAGCCUGGAGCCAAUUUCAAAAGCUAUACCACCAACGUCUUAGGAAAACUGGCUCUGAUAGAAAGUAGAAGCCUUAACCAAAGUGUGUUUUAUUUCACUGCCACAUUACCAAGACAACUAUAAAAGUAAUAAAGGAAGUUGCCGUUUGUGGGAUAGGAGAACUGUCCAGAACAAAAAUUGUGACCCUUAAUAUCAGAAAAAUAGCCAAUUAACGGCCAGGUAUGGUUCAACCAUGAUAAAAUUUUAAGCAAUAUCAUUGACUUUCCUGUAAAUUAGUUAAUGGAGGAUUUAGAAGUGGUAAGUUUUAGUUUUUAGUUAUCGGUGGUUCAAUGUCCUCCAGAAUCAAUCUAAAAGGCACACUGGGCUAUCUGGUUUAGUUCUUUACCUUUCUUGCCUGGUUCCAUCCACACCACGUCUUGGCAUUUCAGUCUAGAUUGCUCACAAAUAACCAUAACUUCUACUCACAUUUUUUUUCAUGCUGGACAAUGAUGUUUGGCAGGAGGAAAGACAGUGACUUGGCAGACUAUUUUUUGAGCAGUAACAGCUUAUUUAUAGCACAUUCUUGUGUUGAAGUCUGAAAGAUGAGCUACAACAACAAGCAGAGAUUAUCAUGUACAGAACUCCCUGCUUAUCUGUCCUGGUGGAAUCAGGAGCACCCCUGAUACUUCCAGACCUUGUGCAUAUGUCAAAUAAUGUGCCUCUGGUGCAAUUACCCACACCUGAGAUAGUUAUCAGAGGCUCCUUUGCUGUCAGCAGAAGAAAGUGAGCACUUUUAGGAAGCAGUACAUGUCUAAUGGAUCAUACAAGCCAUUUCCCAGAAGUUCCUGGUUUUUUUCUGUUGGCUGUAGGGGAAGCCUGAGUGACAGCAUGGAUAGUGUACUCCCAGUAUGGGAUAAAAAUUUCACAUGUUUAGGGCACUAUGGGGCUCACAGCAAUAUUUAAGAGGUACCUAUUUUUUGCUCUAAUAAGUCUGAGGGUGACUAACACAAAUCCAGACCUGCACUGGAAACAGCUGAAGUUAGGACACACAAGUUCUGCUUUCUAACUGACCCAGACAUGGACUAUAAACAUAGAGCAAUUUUAUGUGCAAGGAUUAAGCUGAAGUGAGAUGUUUUGGUUUUUUUUUUUUUCUCCAGAAUUCAUAAUAUUAAGGUACGGGAAUGGGAGUAAAAGCAGAGAAUUACAAAGUAUUUAGGGAAGACCAGUAGACAUGCACAAUUUAAGAAAAUGUAAAACCUGAAAGGGAAAGCCUAUAGGCUGUGUAUAGCAUCUAAACAUCAAAAAGCUUUUUAGAUCUUAAAUAUCCAAUCCAUAUUUCACAUUAAGGAAAAAGUCAGGGUAUCCAGCCUGAUUUUAGCUUUGACAAACAUAACUGGUGCUACCAUGCAUUCCAAACCACAACCAAAGAUAAUUCUGCAUAGGCCACUCUAAUCUACUUCCAACACCCUUGCUGGAUUUUCCAAAGUCCCGUUUGAAUUACAACUGUAAAAAUGGAAAAAUGCAAAAUAAUUCUGCCUGUAGUAUGGUAGAACACUCAAAGGUGUGCUUUGUGAAUGUUUUAUAGUUGAAUGGCGAUGUUCAUGAACACCCAACUGGACACCAAAAAAAAAAGUUAAAAAAAGAAUUGCAAGCAUGGAAUACUCUUUUAAAAAUACUAUAAAAGAUAUUAUUCCAAAGAAAUUAUGUGGUUGUAAGAGAAACAAUCAAAUGCAACUUCGUUAUAACAGUACAAUAGUAGAUGCUAAAACAGUUAAAGUGUUUUGAAAUAUUACAUAUUAGUAUUUCAAAAUCCUUAGAAAAGUGUGUUAUCUCUUCUUGGCUUUUUGGUUAAGAUCAAGUGUAGUGUAGUACUUUUAUUUUUUUCUAUUUGGCAAAUAUCUAUGGUGUUAGGAAGUGUUGGGCAUAGUUAAAAUCAGUCCAAUUGGCACAAACAAACCUAGCUUUUACAAUCUGCACUGAGAACAUUAAAACCAGUUAUAUGAAGAUUAAAUUCCUUGCAUGGAUGGUUUUUACAAAUGAACAUGUACUAUGGAUUCUAAUCAAAAAAAUGUUUUUUCUAUUUGUUCCUGGCAAUUUGAGUAAUUCCAAAGGUUUUAAUUUUCCAACAUGAAUACUACAUAGUAUGAUUAAGCUUUGUGGUUAGCACUCUAAUUUAAAAAAGAAUGUUUUCUAGUUUACAAAUAAAUAAAAUAGAGUUUAAUAUACCUGAAUCAACAGAUGCUGUACGAAAGCAUCUAGAAUUAUAAGUGUAACUCAAACAUUCAUCAAGAACACAGAAUCAUUUUAACAUAAUGUAAAAGAUGCUGCAAACAUUUAAAUAGACAUAAUCUGAUUAUUAUACUCAUAAUGUCUCAUUUCACACACAUCGUAAAUUCAGCUACAGAAAAUAAUUUAGCAAGAUAUACUAGUAAGUUUGUGUUUGAUAAUCUGUGUACUUAAAAGUAUUACAAAUAAGCAUAAAGCAUUUAGAAUAUAUAGCUUUCUAUAUGAUAGUCUACUACUGUAGUCUCUCUUGAUUGGAUUACAGAUACCACUGGAAGCUCCUUGAAACUGGGCAAAGUGUGCCUCAGUUAAUCUUUGGAACAUGCAGUAAAAGUAGUUCUGGCUUUUUAAAGCACUUUGUUUCUAAAAAGCUGUUCUUUUACCUCGUUUAGUUCAUGAACUAUGUGAGAAAUACUAACCACAAGAAGACCAAAUUAUUUAUCAAGGAAUUGUCACCAAAUGGCCCUGUGCCUAAGCUUAAUAAUUUGUGCAAUACUUGUCAUCUUUGAUGUAUAGAUACUAGCAUUAUAUAGUAGACCUAGAAAAUGACAUAUUUAUAACUUGGUGAAUGCAAAAAGCUCUACAUUAAUCACAGUAAUAUAUUCUGUAAUAUGAGCAUGGACUGGAAAAUACUGACCAGAAAUAUAAUGUAAUUCUAAAUGUAUUAUUUAAUUUUGGGUGAUACACUAGAAUAAUAAAGGUUUUUUUGAUGUGAUUUAAGGGGAAAGUUUGCUCUUUUAUGUCUGCAUAUUGGGAAGUGGGAGAUACUAAAAUUUCAGUGUGCUUUUUAUUAGAGUAAGAAUAAUUUGAAGCUUCUGUAUUGGAGGUAUUAUUUAUUUGUGUGCUAAUACUUGAACAACACUGAGCUGGAAAGAGCGCGCAUUAUUCUGUUCCUGUACCAACUGCUGGCAGAACAGCUGAAAAACAGCAAUAAAGGCAACUCUUGAAAUGUCUAAUUGUUUCUUUCAGUUCAUGAAAGCGCAUUUUUUUCUAAGAGCUGGAGAUCAGCUGCAUACUUCUAUGCAACACGCUCUCCGAAGCCAUUUUAAAUUUGAGCUCUUUUGUCGUACAACGACCUGCUAAUGUUGCAGUAUAAUGAUAGCCUUGCUUGUACUAUUGUCUUGAUGCAUGCAAAUGAAGAUAAAAAUAAUGUUACUAACUAUUAAUGAUGCAUAACUGUUAAAACUGUAAUGUUAACUGUAAAGCCUCAAACAGCAUUUCCCUUCUCCCAGUAAUAAAGUACUCUGGGCUUAGUUA